AUGGCCGCGGCCGCGACCAUGGCGGCAGCCGCCCGAGAGCUGGUGUUGCGGGCGGGUGCUUCGGAUAUGGAGGAGGAGGAGGGCCCGCUGGGGGGUGGUCCUGGGCUUCAGGAGCCACUGCAGCUUGGGGAGUUGGACAUUACCUCUGAUGAAUUCAUCUUGGAUGAAGUGGAUGUUCACAUUCAGGCAAACCUGGAGGAUGAGUUAGUAAAGGAAGCUCUUAAAACGGGUGUGGAUCUCCGUCACUAUUCAAAGCAGGUUGAACUGGAGCUCCAGCAGAUUGAGCAGAAAUCCAUUCGAGAUUAUAUCCAAGAGAGUGAGAACAUAGCAUCUCUGCACAACCAGAUCACAGCUUGUGAUGCUGUUCUUGAGCGCAUGGAGCAGAUGUUGGGAGCUUUUCAGAGCGACCUCAGCUCCAUUAGUUCUGAGAUCCGGACACUGCAGGAACAGUCAGGAGCCAUGAACAUUCGGCUUCGAAACCGCCAGGCAGUUCGCGGGAAACUUGGGGAGCUUGUUGAUGGUCUGGUGGUGCCCUCUGCCCUGGUCACAGCAAUUCUUGAGGCUCCGGUGACAGAACCCAGGUUCUUGGAGCAGCUGCAGGAACUGGAUGCCAAGGCAGCUGCAGUCAGAGAGCAGGAGGCUAGGGGCACGGCAGCCUGCGCAGAUGUCAGAGGCGUGCUCGACCGGCUCCGGGUCAAGGCAGUGACGAAGAUCCGAGAGUUCAUCCUCCAGAAGAUUUAUUCCUUCAGAAAACCAAUGACCAACUAUCAGAUACCCCAGACAGCCUUGCUGAAGUACAGGUUCUUCUAUCAGUUCCUGCUGGGCAAUGAGCGAGCAACGGCAAAGGAGAUCAGGGAUGAGUAUGUGGAGACCCUAAGUAAGAUCUACCUGUCUUAUUACCGCUCUUACCUGGGGCGGCUCAUGAAGGUGCAGUAUGAGGAAGUUGCUGAGAAAGAUGACCUAAUGGGUGUGGAAGAUACAGCAAAAAAAGGAUUCUUCUCAAAGCCAUCCCUCCGCAGCAGGAACACCAUCUUUACCCUGGGGACCCGCGGCUCUGUCAUCUCCCCCACUGAACUCGAGGCCCCCAUCCUGGUGCCCCACACAGCCCAGCGGGGAGAGCAGAGAUAUCCAUUUGAGGCCCUCUUUCGCAGCCAGCACUAUGCCCUCCUAGACAAUUCGUGUCGUGAAUAUCUUUUCAUCUGUGAAUUCUUUGCUGUCUCUGGCUCAGCUGCACACGAUCUCUUCCAUGCCGUCAUGGGCCGUACACUCAGCAUGACCCAGAAACACCUGGAGUCCUAUCUAUCUGACUGCUACGAUGCCAUUGCAGUUUUUCUCUGUAUCCACAUCGUCCUCCGAUUCCGCAACAUUGCAACAAAGAGGGAUGUUCCUGCCCUGGACAGGUACUGGGAACAGGUGCUUGCCUUGCUGUGGCCACGGUUUGAGCUGAUCCUGGAGAUGAAUGUACAGAGUGUCCGCAGCACUGACCCUCAGCGCCUUGGGGGGCUGGAUACUCGGCCUCACUAUAUCACACGCCGAUAUGCAGAGUUCUCCUCUGCUCUUGUCAGCAUCAAUCAAACAAUUCCCAAUGAGCGGACGAUGCAGCUGUUGGGACAGCUACAGGUGGAGGUGGAGAAUUUUGUCCUCCGAGUGGCAGCUGAGUUCUCCUCAAGGAAGGAGCAGCUUGUGUUUCUGAUCAACAACUAUGACAUGAUGCUGGGUGUGCUAAUGGAGCGGGCUGCAGAUGAUAGUAAAGAGGUUGAGAGUUUCCAGCAGCUGCUCAAUGCUCGGACUCAGGAGUUCAUUGAAGAGUUGCUGUCUCCCCCUUUUGGAGGUCUGGUGGCAUUUGUGAAGGAGGCUGAGGUUUUGAUUGAGCGUGGACAGGCUGAGAGACUUCGAGGGGAAGAAGCCCGGGUAACUCAGCUGAUCCGUGGCUUUGGUAGUUCCUGGAAAUCAUCAGUGGAGUCCCUGAGUCAGGAUGUAAUGCGGAGUUUCACCAACUUCAGAAAUGGAACCAGUAUCAUCCAGGGAGCACUGACCCAGCUGAUCCAGCUCUAUCAUCGCUUCCACCGAGUGCUGUCCCAGCCCCAGCUCCGAGCCCUCCCUGCACGGGCUGAACUCAUCAACAUCCAUCACCUUAUGGUGGAGCUCAAGAAGCACAAGCCCAACUUCUGAGGUGCCAAGCCUUGGUAUCUGCCAGCCCUCUCUGUGGACUUCUGCACUCCAUUCCGUACCCUUCUUCCCCAGGGGGCCCCUUCCGGUCUCUCCUUGCCUGUUCAUCCUGCUUUCAUUCCUAGGACCCUGCCCCAUUAGGAUAAGCUGGGUCUCCCCAGUUUUCUGAAUCCCCAGUGUCUUCAGUUUUCCCAGGGGCACUUUCUCCUAGGCUUAUAAAAUGACCUUGAUCAUUUCCUCAAUUUUAUCAUUCCACUAUCACCACUUCCCCUCAUCCCCCACCUAAGGCUAUUUUGUUCCCCCAGUAAAACCUUCACUGCCUCAAUCUUGUUUCCUCAAUUCUUGUCACCAUGACCUGAGGUGUGAAGCCUCAACUUUUGGAAUUAGUGGCAAGGGAAGACCGCCUCAAAGUUACUAAGUUUUUUCACUCGAAACGAUUUCUUUUCUCAACUCUUUGACCUAAGAUUUCAGCAACUUGAACACUAGCAUGCCCCUUCCUGGCCUGAGAGUUAUUCCAAGGUCAGUCUGCAGAAAACAAUAAAUAAAUAUUUAAUAUACCA